AUGAGUACCUCAACAUCAACAAGAGAAAAGAGAGAUAAGAGGACUAUUGUACCAACAAGUUUUAGAAGUAUCAGAGCUUGUGUAAAUUGUGGUCUGGUCAAGACUACUGCUCAGUUCGAUGAGUAUGGUUGCGAGAACUGUGAUAGACAGAGCGAGAGAAGAAAGGAUAGAGAUACAGGAAGCGCUACCACUACAAACUUUGAAGGCAUCAUGGCAAUCAUGAAGCCUACUGAGAGUUGGAUUGCUAGAAGACAACAUUAUGAGAGAAGAGUACCAGGUUGCUAUGCACUGUCAAUCAAAGACGAUGAUUCACAGAGAUAG